AUUUUUACUGAAUGCAACAAUUGAAGUAAGCUCAAUCAGCAAAAAUAUUUCAAAACACUAUGGCAACAGCUGUCCUGGAGGCAAGCGAAACAAAAUUGGAGUUGGUGUGCGACGAGUGCGAUUAUUAUGGUUCUACUGAUACGAUAUUUACCGAUAACAGCACCCAAACCGAUGGCUUCGAUGACGAUGAAUCGGAGCUAAAGCCCCUGAAACCCAGAUUAAGUCAAAUUGUGGAAGAGGAAAUGGAAAUGGAAGGGGAUAUGGCUAAGGAUACGGAAGUGGCGGUCAAGCUUGAGACAAACGGUAUACGCAACGAUAACGAUAACAAUAAUGAUGCUAGUGAUGGCCAACCAUUGAUAGAAGACUCGAUAAAUGAAGACGAAUCAAAGGAGGAUGUGGAGAUUCAAGAGGAAUCUACAAAGCAGGUGCCAAAUGACUCUGACGAGGAAGAGGAAAUCGACGAAGUGGCCAGGCUCACGGGCUUAGCUCUGGGCAUGGGAUAUGCCCGAAUUAUAGACUACGAUAACUUGCGCAUCAUCGAGCAUGUUAUCGAGAGCGACGAUGAUGAUGACGAUAGGGAUAAUGAUAAUGCUAGUGCAAGGGGCAAGGCAACCACAUCGGCCGAAUUGCAGCAGGCCUGCCACGAUUUGGUGACUUUCAUCGGUGAAAGCUAUCAGGUAAUCGAGAGGUCAGGUCACAAUCGUGACCCCCCGGCCACAUUGCAGGUGGUGGACAAUAACAACAACACUCGCAACAGUGAGAUUUCGCCCCGGGGAAUUGGUUCCACUCAAAGCCGUACAAAGUCCGUCAAAGAAAAUCAAAAAGCCAGCACAAGUGCAACGGCAACGCCAACAGGAACAGCCUCAGUAGCACCAUCAACCAGCAGUGCUUUGAUCAAGGCCUAUAAAUCGAAUUUGACGCCGUUGGCGCCACCCUUUCAACCCGCCGCCCUGAAGGCCAAGCAACAGCAACUCCAACAGUCCUCAGUGGCCAGCAGCAGUAGCAACAUGCCGACAGUGGCCAGCAGCAGCAAUAUGUCCUCAUCGGUUACGACGACAGCAACGAAUGCUCUGGGCUAUGCCGCCUACGAACAGACCACUGUAUAUUAUCAGCAGCAAAUACAACAGUCGCUGCAGCAACAGCAACAGUUGUCACCCAAGCAGCAACAGCAGCAGCAGCAGCAACACUGUGCUCAACAUUCCGGCUUGCCUCACAUCCAUGGCGCCCAACUAAUGCCCGUGCAAUUGAUUACCUUGACGCCACCGUCGGCGGCAUCAGUAGCUGCUGCAGUAGCCGGAGCCUCAGGAGCAACUGUAUCAGCAGCAGGAGCAGCAGCAACUCCUGCUGCAGCAGCAGCGGGUGGCACAGCAGCGGCAACAUCUUUAACUGGCGCCGCUUGGCCACUUGUGGAGGCGCCAAUUUACAUCGACAUCAAUGGCGAAUAUCGCAGCUAUUGCCCGGCACAUGGACCACCGGCAGUGACAGGCCCGCCAAAUGGCGCCAUUGCCCAUCAUCCCCAUAUCCAUGGCCAUUCUCAUGCCCAUCCCCAUUCGCAGCCCCAUUCCCAUCCCCAUCCUCAUACGCAUUCGCAUCCCCAUUCGCAUACACACUCCCAUGCCCAGCAGCAGCAGCAACAGCAACAGCAGCAGCUUCAUCAUCACCAUCAGCAGCAUGGGCAGCAUCAGCAAGUGACAAAUGUUAAUGGAAAUAUUGCCCAGGCAGCAGUCGCAGCAGCAGCGGCAGCCGCAGCAGCAUCAGCGCCUCGUUUGCUGCUGCAACUGGACGCAGUGGCUGUCCAGCAGCAGCAACAGCAACAACAGCAGCAGCAGCAACAACACCAGCAGCAGCAACAGCAACAAAUCGCUGCCGCUGGCAAGCGUAGCAAAGUUUAUCGAGGUCCCGCCACCGUCCAGAUGGUGUCCCAGAACCGACCGCCGCCCCCGAUGCCGGUGCCCGUCCAGGUGCCGCAGUACGUCAACGAGAAUGGAACGCUCACCCAUGUGAUGCUAUCGCCACAGCAGUACCAGCAGCUGCAUCCUGGCCAAGGACACCUCCAUCCAGCACCAUUCAUAAGCGCCAAUGGCACUUCGCAUUUCUACACCCCAGUGGCAGGUUUUCCUGGGCCAGGACCAGCGGGCAAUUACCAUUUGCCACCGCCGCCGCCGCCCCAGCAACAACAGCAGCAGCAGCAGGCUCAAGGAGCACCACCUGGGGCCGCAGGACCACCAGCAGGAGCAGCAGUUGCUGGAGGAGCGCCUCCACCAGCGGGAACAGCGGCCGCCGCUCACUCCCACAGCCACACACACACCCACAACCAUCCUCAGCAGCCACAGCAGCAACACAACCAGGCUCACACACAUUCCCCGCACUCGCCAUCGCCGCCAAAUUACCGGGAUGAGCGGAGUCAGCGGCAGCACACGAAGCUGCUAAGAAAGCUGGAGAAGCAGAGGGAGUCAAAUCCUCAGUUGUCCACGCCACCCACACACUCGCCUUCGCCUCGUCGUGCCAACGAACUGAAUGGUCACAACAACAACAAUAACAUUCCUUUGGGGGUGCUGCCCCUGCCGGCUCACCUCACCAACCAUCACCACCUGGUGGGACGCAGGAUUCCCCCACAGCAGCAGCCGGGACAUCCUGCCCAGCACAGGAACGGUAAUCCCCAGCAGCAGCAGCAGCAACAACAGCAGCCGCAUCAUCCCCAGCGAACUGGAAGCAGCGUGGGCGGAGCCAGCUCUGUGGGAACCUCGGACGAUGGCGAGGACAACUCCAGUUUGGCUGGCGAAGAUGAGGAGGAGGAGUACCAGGCCUCCAUUGUAGACCAAAUCUCGGCCAUCGAAAAACCCGAGGUGAUAGAUGUGACCUCGCGAGCGGCCAAGAUCAUCUGGGAAUCCCCGGCCCUGGCGGAUGCCCUUGUGGUGGACAUGCGACAAUUGCGCUACCAAGUGCUCCUCAGUGACUCGGGGAAGCAGUGCAAGUACAAGAGUCUGUACAUGGGCGAGGCCUACGAGUGCAUUGUGCAGGAUCUGCAGCCGGGACAGGAUUAUCUGGUGCGCCUGCAAGUGCACUACCAAAAGCUCCAUGGGACUGUAAGCGAGCCGGCCGAAUUCCGGACGCCAGCCUGCGAGCCGGAUCAGCCGCCGCCGCCAAAACUGGUGUCGCGCACCAAGAACUCGAUCAAUCUGCGAUGGGCUGCCCCGGCAGCCAACGGAUCGAGCAUCCAGCACUACCUGCUGGAGUACGACGAGGGUAGGGCGACGCAAAAGUUCGUGGAGCUGGCCAAGAUCAAGGCCAAGCACUAUGUCAUUGGAAAACUCCAACCCACCACUGUCUAUAGCUUCCGCUUGGCGGCGGUUAACGAGGUGGGUCAGAGUCCCUACUCCCCGGUAGCCAGCUACAGCACCUCCGGCAAUCCACCGCCCGUGCCCAGGCCACCGCAGCUGCUGGCCAACAGCUCCAGCUCGCUGAAACUGGGUUGGGAGCGAAGGGCGCAGGAUGGGGACUUCCUGCUGCAGCUGCAGGAUGCGGAAUCCGGCCACGGUUACCUGAACACCUACAAGGGCACGGAGCUGCAGACGGAGUGCCUGCAACUAAGGCGGGCCAGCAGCUACCAGUUCCGUCUGCGUUCGGAGAACGAGGCUGGAGUGUCGCCCUGGUCGCCGGAGGUCAGCUAUCGGACGCUGGCGGAACGGCCUAGCAGGCCGGGCAAGCCCCAGGCCAAGGGCAAGAUCCAUGGGACACACUUUAAGGCCAGGUGGGAUGCUCCUGGAGACUCUGGCGGCGCCGAGAUCCUUCGCUAUCACCUCGAGCUGAGCGCCGCGGGUCCGAUGUUCGAGAGGAUCUACAGUGGCGGCGAAACGGAGGCCAUGUGCGAGCGCCUGCAGCCGGGAACGACCUAUGCUUUACGUGCCUGCUGCGAGGGUCCGGCGGGACAGAGUCCCUACUCCGACAUUGGGCAUGUGACCACGGAGGCAGUGCCACCGUCCGCUCCGCCACCGCCCCACUGCACCGAUCCGCCCUCGCCCUACGCCGCCCUCCUGAAGCUCCAGCAUCCGGAGUACAAUGGCGGGGCUCCGGUCUUGGAGUUCGAGGCCCAGAUGCGGCGCCUGGAGCAGGUGCAGCCACCGCAGUUGGUCUACCGCGGCAAGCAGGCCUACUUUGUGGCCCAGGACCUGAUCCCCGGCAGCAUGUACGAGGCCCAGGUGAGGGCCAUCAAUCGCAUUGGCGCUGGAAACUGGUCGCAGUGGAUGAGAUUCACGGCGGCCGCAGCGGCGCCUGGGGUGCCCGAGGAGUUGCGCGUGCUGGUCAAGUCGGCCACCCAUCUCAGCGUGAGCUGGCAGCCUCCACUGCAGGACAAUGGAGCGGCGGUGACUAGCUACACUCUGAAGAGUGCCAGCCAGGAGAGGAGGGACCAGGAGCAGGACCAAGACCAGGUUAAGGAGCCGCCCAGCUCCGAGUUCCACAACUGCUAUCAGGGUGCACUGACCAGCGCAGAGCUAAGGAACCUCUCACCCUUCACGCGCUACCAUUUCCGCAUCCUGGCCACCAAUGCCGCCGGCACAGGAUCCUCCUCCGACGUGAUAAGCGUGUGCACGCCUGCCGCCGUGCCGGGAGCACCGCAGAUGCAGGGCUACGAGUUCACCGCCCAGGAGGUCACCCUCAACUGGACACAGCCGGCGGCCCACGGUUCGCCCAUUUGCUCCUACAACAUCGAGUACGGGGAGCGGACCAUUGCCACGCCGGAUGCCUGCACGCGGUACACGGUCAGUGGUUUGUCGCCCGAAACGGGCUACAAGUUCCGCGUCCAGGCGGUCAACGCCAUCGGAGCGGGUGCCUUCAGUGCCUAUGCCAAGCUGACAACCCAGCCGGCACCGCCUUCGCCACCGCGCCUCGAAUGCAGCGGCGCCGGCCACAACUACAUCAAGCUAAAGUGGGGAGAGAACGCCUCCGCAGGCAAGCAGGGCAACGGAGGAUCCUCCCCCGGCGACUUCACCAAGUACUUUGUGGAGAUGUAUGUGGCCAGGGCCAAGCAGUUCCAGUCCGUCUACGCCGGCACCAAUUGCAUGUGCAAGGUGCACAAGCUGCAGGAGCGCAGCAGCUACACGUUCCGCAUCUAUGCCCACACGGAUCGGGCCGGCGAUGGUGACUACUCGGAGGAUUUCGUCUUUGAGACCUCGGCCACGCUGCCGGCAAACAUCAAGGCGCCGCGUGUGGUCCAGGAGGGCAGCGUCUGCCUGAUGGACCUGCCCGGCCAGCUGGGCAUGCAGCUCACUUUGGAGUGGCAGCACUCGAAGAACUCCUUCCACGAUCGCGUGGAGUACGAGCUGCAGUAUGCGGUUUUGGGAGCCUCCGACCUAGAGGCCGAGUCCCUGUCCCCCAAGGGUCGCAGCAGCAGUUCCAGUGGAAGCUCCAGCGGAGCUCCCGUCAACUUGGCCAACCAGGACUACAGGCAGUUGUACCGCGGACCCGAGACCAAGUUCACCAUUGACAAUUUGGCCGCCGGCACCUGCUACCAGUUCCGUGUGUGUCCCGUGAGGAUAGCCGCCGGCGGCGAGCUCCUAUACGGUCAGCCGUCGAGUCCGCUGAGAUAUCAGGUGCCCAGUGAGCUGGAUCCCAGCUCGGCGACCUGCCACCACCACCUGCAUGGGUCCACCACAGCUCCGGCGGUGGCCAGCCAGAGGAGCAGCCGAAAACUGUCGGCGGGCAAUGGCUCGGCCAAUGGCCUGCACAUGAGAUCGGUGAGUGCCUCGGCGAUUAGUGGGGCAAGCGGGGUGGGUGCGGAUCCCGUGGCCAUUGGAAGGCUGCAGCAGGAGCUGUCCGGCUUCAAUGCAUGCGCGGAUCCCCUGCAUCACCAUCAUCAUCAUCACCAUCACCACCACCAGCAGUGCGGCGGCGGUGGUGCAGGAGCAGGAGGAGGAGUCAGUGGUGCCGGUGCCACGGAUUCGCAUCAUCAACAUCAGCAUCAUAUGCAUCACUCGCAUCACAUGCACCAUGCCCACCAUCCGCACACCGGCGGCCUGGCUUUGGGCGCCAACUCCUCGAGCGCCGCUGCCUCCUCCUCUUCCUCCUCCUCAACUGCGGCGGCGGCGUCGGUCAUCUCAUCCAGCCUGGCCCACUCCGGGGGACUGCGUCGAAUUGUUAGCAAGCUGACAUCGCUGUACUCCAACCGAAAGCGGCUGAGUGACCAGCAGAAGGCAGUGUGCAUUGUGGUCUCCUUCCUGGUGGGCACUUUUCUGGUCGCCAUGCUGGUCAACAUGCUGAGGGGUUAAGAGGCCAAAUCAUCGCAAGAACCACACACAAAAAUAAAAAUACAGGCAAAAAGGUAAAAAAAAAAAUAAGAAAACCUAAAAAAACACACUUUUGCAGGAAAGCCACAGAGAUCGCCAUAGAUUUUAAAUCAAUUUAAAAAGGCGCCCAAAAGUAUGCAAUGAUAUCCAUUUUAUAUCCCAAAAUUCCUAUGAAUUUGUUAAGGGUUUCAUGGCCCGGAUGCCCUUUCCCUGAAAUGCAUUUGAAAUCCGCAGCGAUCUGUGUGGCCCUCCUGUUUGUCUCAAAGAAGUGAUUUCAAAAACCCAUUAGUUUGUAAUUAUGUAUUUUUUAUAUAUACAAUGUGUAACAGAAUCAACAAACAAAAUCAAAAAACAACAACUGUAUAUUGUCUAAUUUUAAUCAAAACAAAAAAAAAUGGAGAAACGAGAAGAAUGCAGAUGGCAGGAAAUCAAAUGGAAACGGAAACGGAAGAGAGAAAGGCAGAAUCCCCAAUUAAAUGUAUUAAAUGUACACAAAGAAACACAUUCACAAACAGCUAAACAUGUUAAUAAUGGUAUUUACUUAUAUAUAAUAUUUGUUGUCACAAAAAACGAAAGUUUAAUCUCCAAUAUGUGCUAUAAACAAAACGAAAAAAAGAGCUGAAAAACAUAAAAAACAAAACUACGGGCUCUUUUCCAGUACUUGUCUAAAUCUCUGCUUCUCAAACAGCUUCUAUCUGUCGCGCAUUUGCUCUCUCCCCCUCUCCCUCUCUCUCGCUCUGCCUCUGUGUGCGUGAAUGUAAAAUACGUGUGAAUUUUUUGUACAAGACUUUUUUUGUAAAGUGUAUUCCAAACGAAAUCGUAGUUAGCUUGGUCCAACAAAUUGCACCAACAACUAAGUAGCUAAACGGAGUAAACAAAUUGAGAGGAGGUCGCUGGAUAUUGGUGGCAGGGGGGAGGCGAGGGGGGCCCGAGAGCAAAUGCAAAAUAAUUAAACGAAAAAAUGUAUGAAUUUAUUAGACAUUACUACACUAGCAAAAACAAAAAAUACAAACAAGUAUUCAGUGCUCUGUACAAUUGUGUUUUUCCCCCAAAAAACAAAACAAAACAAAAACGCUCCAAUCUAAGCCGAAAUAUAUAUACAAAGAAUAUAUAUGUAAAACAGCAGACGCUUCUUUCAUUCUCACAACAAAACCUUUUUAUACGAAUUAUUACAACAAUUUAUUAAUAAAAUGAAAACAUAUUAAAUACGACAACCAGAAACCCAAGGCGAACGGCAACCCCCCAAGUUGGGGCUGCUAUAUUCUGUUGACAAAACAAACUGUUGCAUUUCAACUAAAUAAAAUAAAAUAACAUAAAAACAAAACAACCAACUAAACAAAUAUGAAACCCUGCUAUAUAGCAGCCCCAACUAGGGGCCAAAGUGAUUUAUAUUCCAAUUAUUAUUAUUUUUCUAAUUAAAUAAAUUAAAAC